UGGAUUUGUGUCAUCACAUACUAUUGAUACAGUGUAUAUGUACAGUAAUGUGUAGUAUGCUGUUACUUAUCCUUCAUUUUUACCUUUAUUUCUGAGUAUUGCAUUUAAAUUUUAAACCGCUGCUGAUUACUUGAUUUUUUUCUACUUGAACUUUACUUUAACAUCUCAUCAUCAUCUGAGGACUCUUUGAAGACUUGCUGUUACAUUUUAUUCAUAUCAUUUAUUGGUAAUGUACACAUUUGUAUAUUGUGCAUAUCUCAGAAGGUUUUAUAAAAAUGUCCAAACUAUAUAGUUUUGCAAGAUUGUUUUGCUUUGAAUUCAUUUAGCAGAACCUUGUUGUCGGGCUGAAAGUAAAGUCUUCUAAUUUUGGCACCAGAGGAUUCAGCGUUUGUGCACUGAAGAGGUAACGUCAAACUUUGCCGUUUUUAGACAUGGAUGACUUUGUUCGUAACAAAUUGACUGAAUGGGGCCUUAGCGACUUGAGAGAAAAAUUUAAAGAUGAAGGCAUCGACAAGGAAAGUCUUUUACGUCUUGAAGAUCAUCACAUUGAUAGCCUGAUUCCCAAAAAAAUACAAAGGGCAAAAUUCACGAAACAUCUCAAGUUGUUAAAGGAGGAAUCAAAAAAACCUUGUCAAGAAGCAGAAGACGUUUCUAAUGCAGGACCAUCCACCAGUAACUCAAGCAAGAGAAGGUCUGAUCCUCAAGGGAAGCAACCACCAACAAAGAAGAGAAAAAAUAAUAGAAAUGGACCACUCUCAGAUGCAAACAUACAUUCUAGUGUGAAAGAAAUUAUGAGUGAUGUUUAUGACAAACUAAAACAAGAAAACCAAACAUCAAUUCAACCAUUCAUUGAUUUCCUGAAGACUAAAAUUGAUGAACUGGGUGUCAACAAAAGGGAGCUUGUCGGUGUUUUUGGCAGAACUGGAGCUGGGAAAAGCUAUCUGCUAAAUGCCAUCAUUGAAAUGUAUAACUUUCUGCCCACUCGAGUUGGCAAAGCAUGUACCUCCGUCAUGAUUAAAGUGGAGGCAAACACGAGAAAUCCCAAGUAUGAGGCAGAGAUAGAAUUCAUUCCAAAGGAGGAGUGGAGUGAUGAGGUGGAACAGCAAGAUACUGAUGACGAAGAGAGGCUGUUGGCUGUGUAUGGUAAAGAAUGGAGAAACAUAUCCCCUAAAAACUGCAUGGACAAAAAAUAUUUCAAGGAAAUCCUAGAGUUUCUUGAUAAUGCAAGCAAGAGUUUGUCAUGCCAAUCAGCUGAAGAGCUGUCAGCAAAAUUAAUCCAAUACAUACGAAGUGAUUCCAGUGAGGGAACAGUAAAGAGGUGGUACUGGCCCCUGGUGAAGUGUGUGACUGUCAGGGUGCCUAAUAAUCCUCUGCUCCAGCACGUCACACUUGUGGACCUUCCUGGAUAUGGGGACCGUAACAAGAGCAGAAACAAAAUGUGGAAAGAGCUUGUUGGAAGUUGCUCCACUGUGUGGAUUGUGACUGAAAUUAAUCGCGCAGGAUCAGAUUCAGGAGCCUGGAAGAUCCUGGAAAGUGCCUGUAGCGAGAUAGGAAAUGGAGGCCAGUGUCAGCAGAUUCACUUCAUCUGCACCAAGACUGAUCAGUUAGAUGAUUCAGAUGAGUCUAAUGAGUCUGACGAGUCUGAUGAGUGCGAUGAUCUUGUAGUUAAAAAAUGCAAGAAAACCAAGAGACAAGUGCUAAAAGAGUUCAAGGAACAAAACAAUAUCAAGAAACACUUCAGCAAUGAUUGUCUUAAAGUGUUCACUGUGAGCGCAAAACAGUUUCUAAAGAGAAAAAGAUCUAAACCUACCACUCUACAAGAAGAGGACACUGAAAUACCUGCACUUCAGGGAUUCCUAAAACAGCUCAAUGACCAUCACUCAGAAAAGUUGAACGACAUGUAUGUGUGUGGAGCUUAUGGGUUUCUGUCAUUGAUGCAAGGAGCCCGCAGCAGAGACACGGCUGAUGCCAAAACAAAAGUACGGUCACAACUUGUAGAAAACUUAAAGAGUGAACUUCAGAAAAUCAAGAAAACAACGGAAGAGACUUAUGAGGAUUUUGAAAAACGUCUGACUAAGGGAGUUAAAAAUUCAGAAAGUUCAUGUGACGCAACCUUGAAAUCUUUUUUAAAUCCAGAUGAAGGAGGUAGAGGUUUCCAUAGAACAUUAAGUUGCAUCGUUAGGAAUGAUGGUUCACACAGCAAAAAACCCAUUAACCUCAAUGAGAUGUUAAGCUCCAAGCUGACUGACAGCAUUGAUGUGGAGUUCAGGAAGACCUUCCCGAAUAAAGGAAAACAUUCACCAAUUAGUGAAGUCAUCAGCACAUUUUCUCUGGACACAGAGAAGCUGAUUGAAAAGUACAAAGAUGUUGAACUGCAACUGAUAUUUCUAAAGACAGAGGAAAAGCAAAUUAAGACAAAACUCCACCAAAUAAUCCGUGAUGAGAAGAGAAAAGUCUACAGCAGUCUGACUGAGAUGAUCGAGGAAGCUAUGAAGGAUGGAUAUAAAGAAGCAAGAAAAUUCAGAGGAGAAGGAUCACUGCAGAAAAUGAGGAAGAAACUGGAGGAUCAUCUACAUCUUUCAAAGAACAUCAUGUUUAAGGAAGCUAAAGAUGCUAUGUUACAGAAACUGCAGAAUCUGAUGGACAAAAUCCAAACGGAGCUGGAGGACCAUCUGAAUAAAUCAAUUGAGCUGUCACUCAAGACAGAUGAUCACAGCAUUCCAGAUUUUUCAGAGGAGCUUGAGCUGGUGAAUAAAUAUUACAAAGACUUGAAGGACAGACCAAAUGAAUAAAUGUCACUCACCAGUGAUCAUUCACUGGUCAACAUGUCACCAUUGGUGGUGGAGAGAAACUGAACAUCUCUGCAUCUAGAUUUCUGGAUUCCGUCUCAACCACUUCAACCAAGUUAUAUGUUUGUUUCCUUUGAGUGAUGUUUUCUGAUAUUAUCUUUUUAUUUUCUCUGGCCACAGGUUUAAACUUUGGAAGUGGGUGUUCUUCUUAUUAUUACAUUAGAUUAUUUUUCAUCAAUUUAAAGUUUUCUUCCUAAUGACAUGAUAUUGAAUGGUUGUUAAGGCAAGUGAUUUCUUAGAUUUUUUAAUUAUAAGUUAGAUUUUUUAAAGUCUUUAGAUUUGAAGGUGUUACAUUUUUUAUAUUCAUUUUUCCUUUAUGCUAGAUUUGGUUUGUUAUUCAAUUAGUUUGUCCAGACAUGUUUUAGUAGAAGUUGUGUAAUUGUAAAAGUUUUCAGCAGUCAUGGAACCAAGCAGCCUGACGCUAGUAUAAACAUGUAAAUCCAAGACGAUUUCAGGUGUGUGUAGGCUAAGUCUAAAACUACAUUAUUAAAAAUUAAUAUGUGUAAAUUUAAUAUGUGGCUACAAUAAAGUAACAAUGCUGGUGUGUAAACAAA